AUGGCUAUACCACCCAAGAAAGUGGCCAUCAUCGGAGCCGGCCCAUCCGGCCUGGUCACUGCAAAAACACUGUUGCAUAAUUUCCCACCUGGGAAAUUCGCUCCAGUUGUAUUUGAUAGUCGAUUUGAAGUCGGUGGUCUUUGGAACACUGGCGCCGCCCCCACUAAAGCUCGAGAUGCCAGCGACCCGGUCACUUUGGAUCCCCGGAUGCGCACGAAUCUCAGCCGCUUCACAGUUGCAUUUUCCGAUCUUGCCUGGGAGUCCGUGAUUGAAGAUGGGGACAUUCCGAUGUUUCCGCAGGCCAGCCAAGUUGGCCAGUACUUGGCGGCUUAUGCACAGCGCUAUAUCCCCAAGGAUGCUUUCAGGUUAGGGAGCUAUGUGAGACAGACUAAGCGAUUGGUCCAACCAGAUUCUUCUAUGAAAUGGAGGGUUUUCUGGGACCAGAAAAGUGCCCGAUUAGUUGAUCAUGAUCAACCACAGGCAGCCAGUUCAGAGAAAUCCGAGGAUUUUGACUACCUUGUGGUGGCAUCUGGAUACUUUGCCCGCCCUCAUAUACCAAAGAUACCAGGGUUGGCGCAAUUCGACGGCCGGGUUGUCCACAGCUCGGCUCUCGCCAAAGGUCAUGACGCUGCCAACGAUGAAGACCUUGCUCGAGGGAAUAUUCUCGUUCUCGGAGGAAGUAUGUCUGGCGUGGAAUCCGCAUCGACAUUUGCGCUGCACCGUUCUACUUCCAAAUUUCAUAAUGUGAAUGGGGGCAAAAAUACGCCAGCAAAUCAUUCAAUAUAUCACAUAUCGUCAAGACCAUUUUGGACAUUACCAACUUAUCUUCCGCAUACACUCCCGUCUUCCAGCGUUAAAUUCCUUCCACUCGACUUGACAAUGUACGAUUUGGAUCGCCGACCCGCCGGUCCAAUAGAGUACUACCUUGGACCCAUCCCAAAAGAGAAGGCAGUCAAAACCAAUGAAUACUUCCGAUCAUUGCUUGGCGCAGAAUACGAGAAAUUCGGACACGUGCAUCAAGGAGGACCAGGAGCUUCGAAUUCCAGUCCGCCCUGGGUAGCUAUAGGCAACGACUAUGCUGGAUUCGUUCAGUCAGGUACGAUCGUACCGAAGAUGGGUCGAGCUGUGUCCAUUCACCCAGAUCGUACCAACAAGGUAGCAGCUGUCCAGAUCAAGACAGCAGAUGGCGAAUCAAUAAAAUUAGAGAAUAUCGCAUCCAUCGUGAUGGCUACAGGAUUCACCCCGUUUGAAUCCCUAUCCUUCCUUCCUGAAGAUAUCUUGUCUACUUUGGAGUAUACCACCGAUGACUCAUUCCUCCCACUGGUUCUAGACCAAGGUGGCAGUCUCCGAUCAGAAAUCCCAGAUCUUGGCUUCGUCGGAUAUUAUCGUGGUCCCUACUGGGGUGCCAUGGAGAUGCAAGCGCGAUUUCUCGGCAAGACAUGGGCCCAGGAAAACCAUGAGCUCGCUACGGUUGAGUCGCAGAUGCAAAAUAUUCGACUUUUGAGACAGCCAGCCACGCAGACUUGGCGAGGCCAAUUUCCGAUGGGUGACUAUGUAGGACUUAUGGAAACAUUCGCCAAGGAUUUGGGGAUUGAACGCACUACUUUGCAAGGCUUAGAGGGGUCUGGUCCCGUUAUCCCCGCUCGAUAUAUCUACAAUGACUUGCCUUCCAACGAGUGUCAGAAUCGGGGCAUAGAGAACUUGAACAGUGAGGCAAAGUCAACUCUGGAUUCCUUGUCCUCAGUAGGACUUCGCGGUACUGGUGAUACCAAUACUCUUGACUCGCAGACAGGCAUAGCGACGGCCAUAUUCCGAGCUCUUCAUGGAGAAUGGAAACUCGCCAAGAGGGGAUAUAUCGGCGAAAUGAGUGGAACAGUGACAUUUCAUCCACGGUACCCCACAAAUCCUGCAUAUGAUAGGGAGUAUGUCUGCGAGAAGCUAGUUUCGGAGUACGCCGAUAUGACAUGCAACACGAAGCAAACCAUCUGGCGAUUGUCAGAAGCAGGCGGCACUGGUUUCCCGAUCCGGAUAUAUCCCAUGGAGGCAGAUGGAGAUGGAUUGGAAAUUCAAACCACCAAUGACUUGAAGCUGCGCUCUGCGCAACAUGGAAAGAAUGACGAUAUUGGACCGAACUCAACAGUAAAUCCUACAGUCGACCAUCAGCCCGAUUAUAUUCUCCAAGACAGCACGUGUCGCUACAAAUUCUGGUUUGAUCGUGUUUCUAUCUCGAGAUGGGAGAUUUCUCGUAUAGAAGAUGAUGUGGUAUCAGAUGGGUCGACUGCUUCGACUAUGUACACCAGGUUCUAG